AUGGCAAGGACAAAACAUACACAACGCGUUGUGGGAGAGGCUUCACGACCACCUCAUCCUCCCCGAGACCGUUCGCGAACUCAUGCUUCCGCUCGCCGAGAUCGUCAAGGGACUCAGGGUGUGGGAGAAGUUGAGGAGGGUGUGCUGGUUAAUGCACGACAUUGGGGUGCUGAGGAUGGUGAUGGUCUGCAGAAUGAGAAUGACAAUGACAAUGAUUAUGAGAAUGAGAAUGAGAAUGAUGAUGAUAAUGAGAAUGAUAAUGAGAAUGAGGUUGAGAUGGGUUCUGAAGAUGGUGAUGAGGAUGGUAAUAGUGAGCAGGAUGGAGAGUCUGAGGAUGGUGAUGGAACAGAUGGUGUUUGGUAUCCCGGAGGUCCCUAUGACCUCUCUCUUUUGCCUAAGUUUGGGCAGCAUAUAGCGCAUGACGUCUGGAAGUCAUAUGUGCGAUCUGACUUCAAAUCUGCAGGGUUGGGACACCUUCCGUAUAGUUGUAACAGCGGCUCAGUUGACCUUAGCAUUGUGACCGCCUUUGUUGAGCGAUGGAUGCCAGAGACGUCCUCAUUUCAUAUGCCGUGGGGCGAGAUGACGAUCACUCUAGAUGACGUCUCAGCUCUAUUGCACAUCCCUGUGGUAGGGUCCUUUUUCUCAUUGGGCAAGCCGACUAAGGAAGAGGCUGCCCCUGUGGUUGUUGAUUUGCUGGGGGUGACAAUUGAGGAGGUGCAGGAUGAGUUUCGGAGGUGUAGAGGUCCUAGUCUUCAUUAUGCUUGGCUUCUAGCUCUUGUGAAAAACCGUGUGAAGGAAUUGAAAUGGACAGAAGCAGCCUGA